CGGAAGUGUGAGCGCGGAUCACAGCGGCACGGCGCCUGGCGGGGGUGGCAGCUGCAGCGUUGUGGGGUUCCCCCGGGCCCGGGCGGCGGCAUGAAGGGAGGGGCCGCAGAUUACUGGAGGUCAGAUCUGUGCAGCAACAUGGACUCAUCGGAGGAGACUGGGGGUUCCUCCAUGGAAGAGAACUACUUUGUGAACUAUACCUUCACUGACCGAUCUCACUCAGGCCGUGUGGCCCAGGGCAUUAUGAAGCUGUGCCUGGAGGAUGAGCUCUUUGCUGACGUCACAAUAUCAGUGGAAGGCAAAGAAUUCCAGUUGCACCGGCUUGUCCUCUCAGCUCAGAGUUGCUUCUUUCGUUCCAUGUUUACUUCUAAUCUCAAGGAGGCCCACAACCGGGUGAUUGAGCUGCAGGACGUUAGUGAGAGUGUCUUCCAGCUUCUUGUGGACUAUAUUUACCAUGGAACGGUAAAGCUGAGGGCAGAGGAGCUACAGGAGAUGUAUGAAGUGGCAGACAUGUACCAGCUGACUUCCCUUUUUGAGGAGUGCUCCCGUUUCCUGGCCCGCACAGUGCAGGUGAGAAACUGUCUGCAGGUCAUGUGGCUGGCAGAUCAACACAGUGACAUGGAGCUCUACACAGCUGCCAAGCACUGUGCCAAGUCACACUUGUCACAGCUUCAGGAUACAGAAGAGUUUCUUCACUUACCUCUCCGUCUCCUGACAGACAUCCUCACAGAUGGUGUUCCAUGUUCUCAGAAUCCAACAGUUUCCAUAGACACCUGGAUCAACUUCAACAAAGACGAGCGGGCAGGCUUCUCAGAGACAUUGCGAUCCAGUCUGAAGGUGAUCGGGGAAAAUGUUCACAUCUACCUGAUUGGAAAGGAGUCAUCUCGUACACACUCGCUUGCUGUUUCUCUGCACUGUGCUGAUGAUGAUUCCAUAAGUGUCAGUGGCCAGAAUAGCCUAUGUCACCAGAUCACUGCAGCCUGCAAGCAUGGUAGCGACUUGUAUGUUGUAGGUGGCUCCAUUCCACGGCGCAUGUGGAAAUGUAACAAUGCCACCAUAGACUGGGAAUGGUGUGCCCCUUUGCCCCGUGACCGGCUCCAGCACACCCUGGUCUCUGUGCCAAGCAAGGAUGCUAUCUAUUCGCUAGGGGGGAAAACGCUGCAGGACACACUUUCCAAUGCUGUUAUAUACUACAGGGUGCGAGACAAUGUGUGGACAGAGACCAGCCAGCUUGAAGUAGCUGUCUCUGGGGCUUCCGGGGUAAACCUCAAUGGUGUGAUUUACCUGCUGGGUGGAGAGGAGAAUGACUUAGACUUCUUUACCAAGCCCUCCCGACUCAUUCAGUGUUAUGACACCAACACAGAGAAAUGCCAUGUGAAGCCCUAUGUGUUACCCUUUGCAGGCCGCAUGCAUGCUGCUGUACACAAGGACCUGGUGUUUAUUGUUGCAGAAGGGGACUCACUGCUAUGCUAUAAUCCCCUACUGGAUAGCUUCACUCGGCUGUGUCUGCCUGACGCUUGGAGCUCAGUACCAUCCCUCUGGAAAAUUGCCAGUUGUAAUGGCAGCAUAUAUGUCUUUCGAGAUCGCUACAAAAAGGGAGAUGCCAAUACUUUCAAACUCAAUCCAGCCACCUCUGUGGUUACAGUCACCAGUGGCAUCAAAGUGCUGCUCACUAACUUGCAGUUUGUGCUGGCUUGAGGAGGAUCAGUCCAGUGACAGGACAAUGAGGACUUUCAAAAAGCAGCUGAAGCACCCAACCCCUUAGCAGCUGCCCCAGCAAGACCACAGUAUCCUAUAGAUCUCUUUAGCCCUGCUCUGUCCUGGCUGUGGGGUUGUUCCCUCACCUAGCACUCCAAGUUGACUUGCUGCAUUGUAAAUUCCAGACAGAUUAAAUGCUAUUACUAUGGCCCCUGGAUAUAAAGCUGCUUGGGUUUCCAAAGCUCAGACUGCAGCAAAUAGGAUUCCUUAGGCCUGGAGCUAACCACUACCAGCAGGUUCUAUAGCUAGCUAACAAAUCCCUUCUUGAUACAGCCUUUCCAUGUAAUAAUCUUGGAGAGAGAGGUAGUUAGCUGUGUUAGUCUCAAGUCACAGCAGGAUGGCACCUUUUAGACUUUUGUAGGCAAGGGCCUACUGUCAGAUGCAUCGUGUCAUAGCUCUUACUUACAGAAGCUUAUGCAUUUCUGAACAAGUUAGUCUAAUCUUGGAGGUUAUGUUUUGGAGUGGACCCCCUGUAACUUCUUAAGAAAGGUCCCUAUUUGAAUGGGAACUAGAUUAUGAGUGUUCCUCACCAGUGCUGCAGGCCUUUAGGCCACAGGCAUUAUGGACCUUACAGCAGACAGAUUUCAGAGAGGGGCCCAAAGUGUCUUACUCUACCAUGUUGUACAGCAGUUGUAAUAGAUGGUGGGGAACCUGUUUGCUGCUAUUUUUUCAACUACAGACAGAGGGAAACUGUUCUUAUGCCAUUGUUGGUUCUCCUGCCCUUGUACUGAGGGAUCCUACCCUGCUAUUGUUAUACAGAAUAGUAUGCUGGUGCAAGAUGGAACAAUUAUUUUCCUACCAGCCUGUCUCCUGGCAUUGUAGUCUCUUGCACGAGAGUCUGAAUAAAGGUCUAUAGUGGGAU